AUGGACUCAUUUCGCAAGAUCGACAUUGACCAGUACGACGAAGACGUGCUGCAGGACUCGGAGCUGUAUGAUGCGGACCCGCGGGAUCCUGCGGAGGUGCUUGAAGAUGCGAGGCAACGUGCAGGAGCUGUGAGAGGGCUCUUGGCUAGAAACGACAUCGCGGGUGCCCUAACAAUAAUCCUCGAUAACGCCCCUUACGGGCCUAACGUCGACGAAGCCAAGAACCUAACCCUCACAACCCUGCUCACAAUCCUAAAUACCACGAAAUCGACCGAGAUUACAGGCGUGAUCAAGAGCCUGCCGCUCGACGCGCAGGACACGCUCAUGAAGUACCUCUACAAGGGCAUGGCGAUGCCCGGUUGGGGCGAUAUCAGCGGGAGCGUGCUGUUGGGGUGGCACGAGAAGUUGACGGAGGUUGCGGGCGUUGGAUGCAUCGUGAGGACGAUGACGGAUCGACGGAUCGUGUAA